AUGUACAUACAGCCCAAGAAAGAAAUACACAGAAAACCCAAACUGCAGCAGCAGCAGCAGCAGCAGCAGCAGCAGCAGCAGAAGCAGCAGCAGGUGCGAGCUCAGAAGGAGACAAACGCAUGCAUUGAGGACCUUGAGACAUCAACAGCAGAUGAGGCAGCAGACACAACAUCUGCUGCUGCAGCAGCAACAGCGGCAGCAACAGAAGCAGAAGCAGCAGCAGCAGCAGCAGCAGCAGCGGGAGCAGCACGUAUCUUACAGGCAGCAGCAAAGGUGCUGCACCCGCAGACAACGAAAGCUGCAGCAGAAACGAAGGAAGCAGCAGCAGCAGCAGCAGCAACAGCAACAGCUGCUGCUGCUGCUGCUGCUGCUCAGUGCAUCGAUGCUCUUGGGCGCGGCGGUGCUGCUGCUGCUGCGCUGCUGAUAUGUGUCUCCCCGCAGCAGCAGCACGCACGAGAGAGUUGCUGCUCUCUUGCUGUUGGGUCGAAGGCAAUGUACAUACAGCCGAAAAAAGAAAUACACAGAAAACCCAAACUGCUGCAGCAGCAGCAGCAGCAGCAGCAGCAGCAGCAGCAGCAGCAGCAGAAGCAGCAGCAGGUGCGAGCUCAAAAGGAGACAAAUGCAUGCACUGAGGACCUUGAGACCUCAACAGCAGAUGAGGCAGCAGACACAACACCUGCUGCUGCAGCAGCAACAGCAGCAGCAACAGAAGCAGAAGCAGCAGCAGCAGCAGCAGCAGCAGCGGGAGCAGCACGUAUCUUACAGGCAGCAGCAAAGGUGCUGCACCCGCAGACAACGAAAGCUGCAGCAGAAACGAAGGAAGCAGCAGCAGCAGCAGCAGCAGCAACAGCAACAGCAACAGCUGCUGCUGCUGCUGCUGCUGCUGCAGAGAGACCCCGCUGGGGACUGUACGGUUUGUUUCUAUGGUGCAGCAGGAGACAGCUGCAGCAGCAGCAGCAGCAGCAGCAGCAGCAGUUGCGGCUCGACGAGCAGCAGCAAGCAGCAAACGUGCGCAUGCAGUGUCUCAGGAAGGCUGCUGGGCGAGCGCAGCAGCUGGGGGCAAUGCUGCUGCAGCAGCAACAGCAGCAGCAGCAGCAACAGCAGCAGCAGCAGCGCCAGCAGCAGCAGCCGCUGCUGCAGCAGCAGCAGCAGCUGGUGAUAUUAGAGGAGACACGAGAAGCUAUUGCUGAGCAGCUGCUGCUGCUGCAACAGCUGCAGCAGCGGACAUAUAUCAAUAAAAGAGAAAGCAAACCUAUACAAUAG